GGUGCCAUUAUCACAAAACGGACUUUUGAAAAUCACUUGAGAUUCGGGUAAACAGAAACUGCAACGAAAAACAACAGCUGGGACUAAAGCGAAAAUUGUGGAUAAAUAAAUAUCGCCGAAAUGCCGAAGCCCGGUGACAAGGCGAAGGUGAAGGUGAACGUGAAGGAGCGGGUGGUGGACGAGUCCUGCGACUUGAGCCUCUCCGAGCUGAGCGAAAUACCGGUGCGGGAGAUUGCUUCGUUCAAGCGCGUCACUGUCUUGGAUCUCUCCAGCAAUCGCCUCCUGAACCUGGGAAAAAACUUUUCGAUUCUCACACGUUUGGUGCGACUGGAUCUGAGCAAGAAUCAAAUAACAUUCCUGCCCGAGGACUUUGGCCAGCUGGAGCAGCUGCGCCACUUGGACCUGUACAACAACUGCCUGGAGCACCUGCCCAUUAGCUUCGGUCAGCUGCGUCGCCUGCGCUACUUGGAUCUGAAGGGGAAUCCCCUGGCGCCCGCCUGGCAGAAGAUUGUGGGCUGCUGCUCGACGCAAAAGGACUGCCAGCAGGCGGCCAAGAAUACGGUCAGCAUUUGCGCCAACUACAAGCCGGAAUUCAUUGAGCGUGAACGUUUGGCCGCCCAGGAAACAGCCCAGAAAAUGGCAGGAGCCGGGGACUCCAAUGUUAGCUCUGCCCAAGCAAAUGGCGGAAAAAAAUCCACAAAGCCAAAUAAUAAGAAAGCGAAAGCCAAAAAACUCGCCGCUGGGGGAGACAACGAGCUGACAAUCAAACCGGUGAAUGCAGGAGGAUCGGCAGGAUCGUCGGGAACUGGAAAUGGCUCAGGAUCCAAGUCGAAUCAGAAGAACAAUCAAAAGAAGAAGAACUCGAAUGGCGGUUCAUGGCUGAAUCUUCUCUCGAGGGCCGCUCUGUCCUCACUGGUCACCUUUCUCGUUCUCUUCGUCAUCAAUUUGCUGAUCAUCUAUAUGAUCAUGUUCAAGAACCCCGAUAUCGCAGACAAGCUGGUUGAGUAUAUACCUCACCAGUAUCGUGAUUGGAUCCUGACCAAAACGGAGAUCUUCCGGCUGAGGGUUACCGACUGGAUCUCCGAGUUCCGUACACCGCCGGAGGAGCACUGACGGUUCAUUUAUUUGAAGCCUUAGGGCGCUGGGCUUCAAAUAGAAGAUAUCGCUGAAAAAAAUUCGGAUGCAUAGCGCGUGUGGAGGAGGCAAAAAUAUAUAAAACAAAAAAAUUGGGAUACGUGUUGACCACCUGAACGAGUUAAACGACUGCUACUUUGAUAUACCAUUAUAUGCAAUUAACUGCCAUUUAUUUUGAUAGACACUAAGACACUACGUCCAUUGACAGGAGAUUUUAACGGGAAAACCACAUGCACUCCGCAACCGAAGAGGCCACUUUAAAGACACCAAACUACACUCAAUCACUCAACUCAACUCAAUCGAACUCAGAUGAAUCUACAGCUAACCUAGCCAUAGCACAAACUCAACUCAAUAGUAACUGAAUGGCGGUUCCAAACUGGCCAACGCAUAGAAACUACAGACACAGUCAGACAAGACCCCCUUGUAAUAUCCACAUCUAUCAGAUCGGAUCGAAUCGAAUCGAAUCAGCAACAAAUAAAAUACUUUAAUCCAUUGUAAGAGUAUCCAGUGCAAUUUCCAUUUAAUUUGAAGUUCAAGCUCAAAUUGUAAUCAUGUUAGCCCCGACCACUUUACAUUUGUAGAUUUCAAAUCUCAUAGGUUUUAUCGGUAUACGCAAAUAUGUAAAUGCUAACCACCAUUGGUUUGAUUUGCAGAAGAUCAAAACGAAAUUCAAGCGGUUUCAUAUGAUUUAUGCGAAAUCAAAAUUAUUGUACUGUAAUAAACAAUUUGCAAAGAU